AUGGAAGCCGACUUAGAUGAUUUGUAUCAAAGGCUUUCCCUGACCGAACAGGAGAAUGAGGCUGUGGUGGUGGAAUCGGGUGAUUUGGAGGAAUCUUCCCUGUGUAAUGGUAAGGGUCUCGUUUUAUCCCUUUUCACUGAAAAACAUUUUAAUCGGGAGGCUUUCAAGGUCACGAUGAAGAGAGCUUGGAGAUUGGUGCGUGGGGUGAAAUUCCGUGACCUUCACUCCAAUAUUUUUUUGGCCAAUUUUGAAGAUUUGCGUGAUAAAGAGAAGGUGCUAAGAGAAGGCCCCUGGUCCUUCGAUAAGCACCUCCUUUUAGUCCAGGAAGUGGACGGCAAUAAGCAGGUUCAGCAAAUAAAAAUCCGAGAAGCAUCCUUUUGGGUCCGUCUACAUGACCUCCCUCUUCGAGCUCGGAAUGAUCGAGUAGGCCAUCGUAUUGGGGCGAAAAUCGGGAGGGUGCUAGAAGUUGAUUUGGAUUCUGGUGAGUUAGCGUGGGGGGACUUCCUUCGGGUUCGAGUGUCACUGGAUAUAAGAAAGCCUUUGCUAAGGGGCACCCGAUUUUCCAUGGGUUUUGAAGAUUCAUGUUGGGUGCGAUUUUCGUAUGAGCGAUUAUCUACUUUCUGUUUUUAUUGUGGUUGUCUGGGUCAUGGAGAUAGGGAGUGUGAACGUAAAACACAAGCAGUUCCGGGUGCCUCUGAUGAUUCUUUCCCAUAUGGUUCCUGGCUAAGGGCUUCUAGUUAUGGGGACUUAUUUCGCGAUGGGCGAACUUGGACUCAACGAGUUGGAUUGUGA